AUUUUUGACAUUUUAAUGGCGAUUGCUUUGACGCCAUUGUUCAUUUAGUUUGUUUUUAUUACUAAUAGCUUUUUCGUAAUUAUAAAUGUACAGGUGCUAAGUAGAGAGACUUAUAGAUAAAAGAAGUAUUUUGCAGGAGUGGUUUGGUUUCUUUGGCCUGGAUAACUUAAAACAUUCGAACGAGGUUAAAACACGGUUUGUGAAACUUGCAAAGCCGAACACAAUGGGGGUCUAGAAGCGUUUUUUGUUAUCCAGAUUUGAAGAUUUUCAAUCUUGCAAUGAAUGUUACAGCUUCACAUUCAGACUAUAGUGAUUGUGAGGCCAAUAGUGUUGCUUUAGUGAUGAAGUUAACUUUUAUUAGUAAGGUGUUACACGGACUUGUGAUUUUUAAUAGCAAUGGGGGAGUAUGCACUUUACAAGGCUCUCUUGAAUUCAAUACCAUCAGCGAACAAUGACGGAGCUUUACAAUUCUUAAAAGACGAUGUAUUUCAAAUACGUGUGCAAUCACCUUUUGUUGAGAGUUCAUCGCACCGUCAAGGAUGGUUGUAUGCUUAUAACAGACGUACAGGAGCAGAGGGUUACGUACCAGUUGGAUCGGUAAAGCUGUUAGGAUCAGAAGUAAACAACACAAUCCACCAUCCCUCUGCUUUAGGAGUAGAAGCAUUGCAUGCGAUGCCAGCCUCGGAAGUACGAACGAGAAACGGUCAUCGCUUGGGCGAUGUGUAUUUUUUAACGCCGAUACUCUGUGGACAUUGUAAGGAUUAUGUAUGGGGCUGCGGAAGAGUUGGCGUGCAGUGUAAAGAUUGCCACGCUUGUUUCCACAAAAUAUGCGUCCGAUUUGCUACCAACUACGUCUGUCAGAAGAAUAACGAGGUGCUCACGGCAGCUACACUAGAUCAAGAUAAGCCCAUAACUGAAUGGUCUUCAUCGACCGUUGUCGAGUGGAUGGCGGCCUUAAACCUUUAUCCCUACGCAGAUGUCUUUCGGUGUAAAGACAUCAAGGGAUCCGACCUCGUACACUUAGACAAAGAAAAACUCAUGAAUAUGGGAAUCAAAGACGAAUUCCAUCAAAAGGCAAUUUUAAGUUGCGUUAGCGAGCUUCUGAAACAACCCGAUGACAGCAGCGUAACUGUUGAUCAAUACAAUUACACCGAGGUGUACGCUCAUAAUUUAACACAACAUAGUUUUAGUACGUUGGAGCGAUGUAAAAAAUGCAACAAAUUUUUGAGAGGUCUUUUACAUCAGGGUUUUAUUUGUCAAGACUGUGGAUUAGUUGCUCAUCGAACUUGUGCUGCUACUGGCUUACCAUUAUGUUUACCAUCCGUAGAAAAACCUUUAGGAACGCAAUCGAAAUCCAUUUUCGGGGAAGGUCUAUGUUUACAAUUUAACUCGCCCGAUAUGCCAGCACCUUUAAUAGUAGUUAAAUGCACUCAAGAAUUAGAAUCAAGAGCCAAAAAUAAUACCUCUUUAGAACUAUACAGUUUAUAUUGUGCUUCACCUCCUGCCGAUCAAGUUAAUGAAUUAAGACAAAAAUUAAACGAAUCGCCAAAUAAUGUAGAUUUGUCCGAGUAUAGUCCCGCAUGUAUAGCAAACGUUCUUAAAAAGUUUUUAAGAGAGUUACCUGAUCCUAUUAUUCCGGUACAAUGGUAUGAUCGGUUCUUAGAGUCUUCAAAGUUACGGAAUGAUGAACAGUGUUCCACAUUAUUAGGUCGUUUAGUUCAGGAAAUUCCAGAACAUCAUCGCAGUACGCUUACUUAUUUAAUGUCUCAUUUUUGUCGCAUUUGCCAAAUGGAAUAUGCCAGAGGAAACAGAAACCCCCCCACCAUACUUAUACAGACAAUGUGUCAUAUACUUCUAAGGCCACCAUGGGAACGAAUUAUUCAAGUGGUGUAUAAUACACAAGCCCACAAUCGAAUUAUCGAAUUGCUGCUUCUUCACUGUGAUUGGAAUGAAACGCUUCCGAAAUUUGCCGGUGCUCCUGCCGUUCCCCCUAGGAAGGUCUCUAGAAUUGGUGCUUCUAUAUUAGAUAAAGAAAAAUCGUCAAUAUCGACAAAUUUACAAGACGCCGAAUGGUACUGGGGUGAUAUUAAACGAGAAGAAGUAAACGAAAAACUGAACGAUACAGUUGACGGAACAUUUUUAGUGCGCGACGCGUCAAGUAAAGGGGGUGAAUAUACGUUAACCUUGCGUAAAGGCGGUACAAAUAAGUUAAUUAAAAUUUGCCAUCGAAACGGAAAGUAUGGGUUUACGGAACCAUAUACUUUUAGUUCGGUUGUAGAAUUAAUAAAUCAUUAUCGCAAUGAUUCGUUAUCACAAUACAAUGCAUCUUUAGAUAUUAAGUUACUAUAUCCGAUAUCCAAAAAUAAUCAAGAAGAAGAAAUCGCAAAUACGGAAAACAUCGAUAAAUUAACGGCAAAUCUUGUGGAAGUUCAUAAUAAAUUACUAGAUAAGAAUAAACUAUUCGAGCAAGUUACGGAAGAUUUUAAUAAAACAUCGCAGGAAGUCACGAGUAAACGUCAGGCGUUAGAUGCUCUUAAGGAGUUGGUGAAGGUAUUUCAGGACCAAACAAAAACUCAAGAAAAAUUUCAAAGCGAAGCUCAACCACACGAAAUUAAGACUUUAAUGGACAACGCGGAUCUAUUAAAACAACGCUUAAAAAUGAUGGAGGAAAGCUGCGAACAGCUGGACGAAAAUUUACAACGACAGGAAGCGUACAAUCGUUCGUUAGAAAGAGAGCUAACAUCUUUAAAACCAGAAAUUAGAGAUCUAAUGAGGGAAUGCGAUAAUUAUCAAAGAUGGUUAAUAACGCGAGGUGUGAAAUUGGCGAGAAUCAGGCAGCUGCUGAAUAAGGAUGACGAUGGUACAGAUGGCGUUGAUCAAACGGAAGAAUGUGAUAUUGAAAAUUUACCUCAUAAUGAUGAGAAAACUUGGUUCGUAGCUAAUUGUUCACGUUCGAUGGCAGAACAAUAUUUAGCCGGUAAACCUGACGGUACAUUCCUAGUACGUCCAUCGAGUACGCAUCAGUUUGCUCUAUCGAUCGCCUGCAACGGUAUUACAAAUCAUUGUAUCAUCCAGAAAACCAAACGUGGUUUAGGGUUUGCCGAACCGUAUAACAUAUAUGAUUCGCUCAAGUCAUUGGUGCUUCAUUACUCUCAGAAUUCUCUAGAAAUACAUAAUGAUUCCUUAAACACAACUCUUAGGUAUCCUAUUUUUACAAAUACUGCCAACGCCGAAGAAUGCUACGUAGUUCGAAGUACCUAUAAUUAUUCAACAAAGAUCGAGUGAUGUGAUAUUUAAAACUGCUGUGAAAAUUAAAAUAUAUAUUGUAUUCCUUAUUAUAUAAAUGAUGUGGAUGUGAUUGUUACGUUACUUUUUUAGACUUUUUGUCGAUUUUAUGGAAUAUAUAUGGGUGAUUAAUAGACUUGUAUUAAAAUGUUAUUAAGUGUACAGUAUAAUAACAAAUGAAACUUUAAAAAACUAUUUGCACGAACACCAUGUAAAUGACUGUGAUAGUGUACUAAAGAAGAGAAGUUUUUACGAAUUUAUAUUACAUAUUGUUCUCAAUUUAAAAGUUAAAUAUCAAACCAAAUGCUUUGUAGUCUUUGAAAAAUCUUUAAUGGAUUUCUUAUUCUACUGCAUAGCAUAAUAUAAUUCAAAACUAUUAGAAUUUAAUAACUAGCCUUUGGUACAAAACACUACAUUCGCAAAUGUGCUGAUACAAAUGUUAUUUCUUGUGGUUUUGAAUUAAAAGUGUGAUACAAAUACAAACAGCUUGUAGUUGUCUACUCGUUAUGUGAACAGUAACAGACGAUUUGUUUUUACAUUUUUAGUUUAGAUGCCUGCAUUGUAUGUAUGUUUUUACAAGUUAAAAAGUUGGAUAACACGUUUAUUUUAUUUUUUGAGAUCAUUUUAACUGUACAUGUUCAUGGAUGCAGAGAAAUUUUUAAAAUUACGUAUAGAAGACCGGACGCCUGCGGCCGGUCUAUUUGCAGAGAGCCCAAAACAAAAAGCGCAAAUCUUUUUUUUAAACCGACGGAUUAUUUGGUUUAAUAAAAAAAGGUUUCUAACUUUUUGUCAAUUUUUCAUGUUGCUUUUAGAUUUAUGUCUGCCCAUUUGUAUUUUUGUUUUAAAAGAAUAUUGUUUUAUUUUGUCCAAAUGCCUAAAAUAUUUAUAUUUAAUCCAGAAGCAAAGUUGUUUCACACUGUAUCAUUAUAUGUUGUUUGUCAUUGUUGUUUGUUAGAAUCUCUAGUUCUUAUCAUCAUUCUUUAACGAUGAAGCCAUUUAUCUGAAACUACGAAAAAAAAAGAAACAACUUACUUAGGAUUAAAUUGUUUCGCUUACUCUUACAUUUAUGUUCCACGUAUGUGAUAUACUGUAUUGAAAAGAGGAGCAAAUUUUUUGCUAUUGUAGCCCAAUGAACAAAAAAAUAUGGAAAGCUAAUGCCAUGAAAAUAUUGUAUUGGUGGAUCCAUAUUUGGGAUGUUAUGAUUCAAAUUAUCGAGUUUGUCUUUCCCAAAAGUCCACAAAUAAAAAACUUUUGGGAAAGACAAACUCGAUAAUUUGAAGUAAUGAAAAUAAACUGACAUACAUUGAAUUUGCGUAGAUGCACCACUGAGCUUGCGCAGCAAGACAUCGCUAAGCCGCCAAAUUAAAAAGAUAGUCAGGACCGGUCUCUAAAAUAUUUGGAAGUAGCUACAUAUUGAGGAAAGUCGGAUAACGAAGUGAAUUUUAGGUAUUCUUUUACAUGGACAUAAUUUGAUGACAUUAUUCCUUCAGACAAAACCCUUCAUUGCGUUAAUAAUAACACCGGAUCCACUAAAAUAGACAGUUCAGUGACCGGAUCUGUAAGCUCGCGCAAGCUCAGAGGUGCACUAAUAUCUGAUCCACGCAGAGUAAUGUGUGUCAUUUUGUUCUCGCUCAUCAUUAUCCAUUGGCGUUCUAGUUUAUGUAUAUUUCUGUGUUGUAGCCAUUCAAAAAUAUAUGCCAGUACAUAAUGUUCAAAUAUAAUGUGGCAAAAAAAUUGCUCUUUGCUUCUUUAAAUAUAAAUAUAUCUAUUUUUAUUUUAUAGUGCAGUACAUUGAACUGUUCAAGAUAUUGCAUACCAAUUUGCCAGUGCUGCUGUUAUACUUUUAUCUUUUUGCACAUUUGUAUUGUGAAUACUGAAGAAUAUAAUGUCGAUGAUG